CUAAACUUGCCUUCUUUUUUUCCUGUGAAAUAACCCCUCUGGGCAAAGUAAAUAUAUUUUCCAGAUUCUCUUUAUUAUCAGCUAAGAAGAAUGAUAGAAACUGAUUCAAAUACUAAUCUCAGCUAGAACAGAACUUUUGUAUGUGCAAGUCUCCUUGGUUUAAUGGAUCUACUAUAUUUGGAACUAACAAUUAAAUGUAGCGCCAGGAAUCUUAAGAGGUUAAAACAGCACAUUCCAGUACAGUGUGCAAGAAAACAUUUCCUUCAUAUCCAUUUUCUUCAAACUGAGGCAAAUGUCCUAAAUCAGUGAGACACCAUUCCAAACAGGCAGAUCAUUUCUCAACAGGAUUGUUGUGGUUAAUGUAAAACUGAGUUGUAACUUAAGAUGCUUCCCUUCCUCCAACUGAUUUGUGAUGAUAUAUAUUAUGUUUUAUUGCAGAGUUUUGUGCGGGUUGUAAAGUUGGGGGCAAGGAAACAGUGUGGGAAUAUACAGUUGUUUUUCUCUAACAACUAACACUUCCAUCAGGAAGGGUUUUCAAAGAAACCGUCAAAUUGGUGUGCAGAUGUACAGCCAACUGCUCUGGGUGGAAAAGAACAAGAGAAAUGUUUUAGAUUCCAAUCUGUCCUUGCGAAAUGCUUGCCUGCCAGUUGCAUAGGCUUUCCAGGACCACAGCCAGAAGAGCAGGGAGUUUCCCAAUAGCGCUGCCCAUAUUGCAACUAUUAGCAUGGGCUGUUUUUGAUUUUUGGAAGGAGGACAGAAACUGUGAAUAAUUCAUUGGACUGAAGGCUGAAAUAUGGACAAACAAAUUUUGUCCGCACCCUAGAAAGCCAUUUCUCAGGACUCACAUAAUUUGAUUUCCUUAAAGUUAAGAUAUGGCCACAAUUUCAAACACUUUUUUAAAAGAGUCAACCUUUUAAGAGGAAAGGAUUAUAAUUAUGUAUGUAUUUUAUAGAAAUAUGUUUUAAUAUGUGUAUUCUGUGGUGUGUUUUUAAAUGAUUAUAUGUUUUGAUUAUGUGUUUUAGCAAUGAUGUAACCAGCCCUGAGCCAUGAGAAGAGUAGCAGCCUGGCAGCCAAUAUGUAGAUCUCAUUCAUCGAGAAGAAGAAGAGGAAGGGUUCUUUCGGGCGGAAGUUGGCUGGGUGGCUUCACGGAGGCGGGUCAACGUCCGGGUCACAGGAUCUUGACUGGUUCUUUCAUGGCUGACCUUCCAAGGUAUAGAUUUGACUGCAAUCGACAUUAUGGUGAGUGGGGCACUGGAUCCUCUGUUAUGGAGUCUUUUGAUAGUGCAUCAAAGCAUAGCUACAUUGGCAGUUUUCUUCAACCUCCAGUUAAUAUAAGAUCUGGCCUUGAGUUAAAGAAGAAAACUAUUCCAAAAGACAUUCCUGCACCGAACAACCAAGCUCUAGUGACAGCCCUCAGGACUCUACAAGAAAAGAUCCACCGCCUUGAACUGGAACGGUCCCAGGCUGAAGAUGACUUGAAUGCCCUGUCCAGAGAAGCUGCCCAAUACAAAAGAGCCAUGCAGCAUGAAUCAAAUGAAAAGGAUAAAACACACGGAAAAGUGAUGCAAGAGAGGAAAGAUGUGAGCAUUCAGUUAGGGGCAGCGCAAACACGUUGCUCCUUGCUGGAAAAACAACUAGAUUACAUGAGGAGAAUGGUGGUCAGCGCAGAGUUGGAAAAGAAGCAGGUGCUGGAGCAGCAAAUCCAGCUUCAGAAGGAAAAGGACCAGGAUCAAGUGGAGUUAUGUGCAAAACUCGACAAGCUUGAAAUCCUGGAAAAAGAAUGCUGGAGACUUACUAGCACUCAGAAAACGGCAGAAGAAAAGAUCAAACACUUGGAGCAGAAGCUUCAGGAAGAGCAACAUCAGCGUAAGCUAAUACAAGAUAAAGCAGCGCAGCUGCAAACAGGACUUGAAAUGAACAGAAUUCUCUUGUCUUCAAUUUCGCCACAAAAAGAUACAAAAAAGAAGUGCAAGAAGAAGAAAGUUGUAAAGAAUAAUCCAGAUUCGCCGAAAACCCAUGGCUCACAGCCAUCACCACAGACUGGAGUGCUACCUUUCGUUGCCGGGAAGUCUGCCAGCUCAAGUCACUCUGUUGUUGCAAAUGUUCAAAGUGUCCUGCAUAUGAUGAAAUAUCGUAGUCCAUGCGUGACUUCACAUUAUUCCGAACAAGCUGAAAAGAGGGUUUCAAGGAGGGCUGUUCUGGGCAGACCAUCAUCUUGCACCACAUCUUCUUCAGCGACAGACAGUCUUUCUGAUCUUCUCUUGGUCAUGCAAGAUGAGCUGGGACAAAUGAGCUUUGAACAUCAAGAAUUGUUAAAGCAAAUACAAGAAACCCAAGAUCAAGACAUGCGGGAAGACUUGGAACGUGAACUGGAUUGUCUUGUAAAGCAUAUGGAAAUCAAAGGAGAACAAAUUUCAAAGCUGAAAAAACACCAAGAACAUGUUUUCAAGAUGAGGCGGAGUGCUCAAAAGCUGAAGAGAAAAGUAGCUAAUGCUGCAUCAAACUCAGAUGAAUUAAAAGGAACCAAAAAGACGGCUGUCACUUUAAGACUUGGAGCCCGCAGUUCUUGUUCUGUAAAUAGGAAUACAAGUUCUCUUCAGCUCUUAAAAUGUGCUCAGAAGCUUCAGUCAGUAUUGAAGAAAGAUGAUAUCGUGUGGGAACCAUAGCGCUGGAAACUGUAUUCACUGCAGACUGUUGACUGGGAAUUGAUUGUUGAAGUUUGACUCAACCAGAUCGCUGGUUGACUCAUUAGAGUACCAAUUAAACUAUAAGAUGAAUAUAGUUUAAAAUAUAGUUGUGAUUAUUUUAAUGAUAUGUGUCCACCACUUUUAAUUAAAGAACCUAUCAAUUGA